AUGACUUUUGCCCAUUUUUUUGAAUUCUCAUUUGUAGAAAAAGGGAUCUCAGAGCGCGCUAAAGAGUACGCCAAAGCAAAGAAUAAAACCUAUUGGGCAGCAGUUGCCAAAUUAAACUUAAAAGCUUUAUUGAAUGAUUAUGUGUAUACUGAUAGUAUGUUAUCUGAUAAUGCAAAAGAUCCAAAUCCUCCCCUUAUAACAUUUAUCGAAGAAACAUUCCAUGCUCACAAAAGACCUAAAACCCUGAACCUGUUGCACCUGCGAUGAAAAUACAACAAAAAAGACCAGGACUUUGAAUUACCUGAAGAAUUCACCGCAAUUAAGCCUUUUGUAGAUUGGAAAACUCAAGAAGAAAGCAAUAAUUUACUUUUGCAGAGCAAAAUCCUCGACACCCACACGCCCUUAGCAAGAGUUGAUGUUGGCAAGCGGGGAAACUAUGAUAUCGAUGAUAAAAUCAAAAGAGAUCUAAAAAAAACCUCAAAGGCAUGGAAAAUGGCAGAACCAGAAGCUUCCUAA